AUGGCCUCCAUGUUUCAGGUUUCAGUCCUCGUGGGGACAGAGGAGGAAGAGGAGGAGGGUUCAGAGGAGGAUCUGGAGACCGUGGAGGACGAGGGGGGUUCAGAGGAGGGUUUGGUGACCGUGGAGGACGAGGAGGGUUCAGAGGAGGAAGAGGAGGGGGGUUCAGGUCCCCAGAGGGUGGAGGAUUCCGAGGACGUGGAGGUGGCCGAGGUACCCCAAGAGGAAGAGGAGGAAGAGGCGGCAGAGGAGGUUUUGGAGCAGGGAGGAAGAGGGAAGGAGGACGCGCUGGUGACCAGGAACAUGGUGGUGGGCGAGUCUGUGUAUGGAGAGAAGAGAAUGAGUGUGGAGGAAGGGGAGACAAAGAUCGAGUACAGAGCCUGGAAUCCUUUCCGUUCCAAGCUGGCCGCCGCCAUCCUGGGGGGGGUCGAUCAGAUUCACAUCAAGCCCGGGGCUAAGGUCAUGUACCUGGGUGCGGCCUCCGGAACCACGGUGUCCCACGUGUCUGACAUCGUUGGACCAGUGAGUACUGUGCACACGCCGACAACAGCGUUCAGCAUGGGGGGGGGGGGGGCCCCACUCCCCCGUAAGAGCAGGGGGGAUACGGGGGGAUGGUGUGAGGCCUCAGACUGCUUCCUCUGCAUGAGCUGCUGCUGUGUGAGCCCUUUAUCCAGCACCAGAGAGCCCACUCACCACGCCCCAGACAACCUGCAGGCCCCGGGACCUCACCUAGGUUCCACUGCCCCCCCCCUGCUGUCUGACUCCUUAUCCAAUCCAUCUCUGGAGCCAUGCACUGAUGAUGAUGAGCCCAGAGCCUUGUACAGUCGUAGUAGUGACGGGCUGGUCUAUGCUGUGGAGUUCUCUCACCGCUCAGGUCGGGACCUUCUGAAUGUGGCCAAGAAACGCACCAACAUCAUCCCCAUCAUCGAGGACGCCCGGCACCCGCACAAAUACAGAAUGCUGGUUGGCAUGGUGGAUGUGAUCUUCGCUGAUGUUGCCCAGCCCGACCAGACCAGGAUUGUGGCUCUGAAUGCCCACAACUUCCUGAAGAAUGGUGGACACUUUGUGAUUUCAAUAAAGGCUAACUGCAUAGACUCCACGGCGGCUCCAGAGGCAGUGUUUGCUUCAGAAGUGAAGAAAAUGAGUGCUGAGAACAUGAAGCCACAGGAGCAGCUCACCCUGGAGCCCUACGAGAGGGACCAUGCUGUGGUGGUGGGCAUGUACAGGUAG